AGAAAAAUGCCUAUGGCGCCAUUGUGUUAUGGAGUUUUUUGCAAAAUUUGACAGCAACCUUUGCGGGGCAUCAGCGGCACUAGUGCAAUAAACGUAAAAUAAGGAUUCGUCGGGAAAACCUCAAGGGGCUCUUGGUGUCGGCUACGGAGUGCGGUGAUCGCGAAACGUGGAUUGAAACCGUUCUAAAGGGUGCCCUGGAGGCGGGGCAUGGCGUGGCAGGGAUCACGUCAGCAGGUCUAGCGGUGGCCCAGAGCCAUGUCCAAGCACUCCAGCCUCUUCUACACCUUUGAAGUGAACGACACCAAGUUUACCAUCCUGAGGAGGUACCAGAACCUCAAGUCCAUCGGCUCAGGCGCACAGGGCAUUGUCUGUGCGGCCUAUGACUCCGUGACUGGUCACAAUGUGGCCAUCAAGAAGUUGAGCCGACCCUUCCAGAAUGUGACCCAUGCCAAGCGGGCCUACCGCGAGUUCAAACUCAUGAAGCUGGUUAACCAUAAAAAUGUAGGUGGUCUUUCCCUUUUUGCUUUCUGCAAGUGUCUGACUGCCGCCCUGACCCGUGACCUCCAUUUCCCCCGAUGGCAGAUCAUAGGUCUUCUAAAUGCAUUCACACCACAAAAGACGCUAGAAGAGUUCCAAGACGUGUACUUGGUGAUGGAGCUGAUGGAUGCCAACCUGUGCCAGGUGAUCCAGAUGGACCUGGAUCACGAGCGCAUGUCCUACCUGCUCUACCAGAUGCUCUGUGGCAUCAAGCACCUACACUUGGCUGGCAUUAUCCACAGGGACCUGAAACCGAGCAACAUAGUGGUGAAAUCAGAUUGCACGCUCAAGAUCCUGGACUUUGGACUGGCUCGCACAGCCGGCACCAGUUUCAUGAUGACCCCCUACGUGGUGACCCGCUACUACAGGGCCCCAGAGGUCAUCUUAGGCAUGGGCUACAAGGAAAAUGUGGACAUCUGGUCGGUCGGCUGCAUCAUGGGGGAGAUGAUCCGAGGUGCGGUCCUCUUUCCGGGCACGGACCACAUUGACCAGUGGAACAAGAUCAUUGAGCAGCUGGGCACCCCGUCCCAGGAGUUCAUGCGGCGCCUGCAGCCCACAGUGCGCAACUAUGUGGAAAACCGUCCCCGGUAUGCAGGCUACCCCUUCGACAAGCUCUUCCCGGACGUCCUCUUCCCCAGCGACAGCCCCGAGCACAGUAAGCUCAAGGCGAGCCAGGCGCGCGACCUCCUGUCGAAGAUGCUCGUGAUCGAUCCCGAGAGGCGCAUCUCGGUGGACGACGCCUUGGCCCACCCGUACAUCAACGUAUGGUUCGACGAGACUGAAGUGAACGCGCCAGCCCCGGCGGCUUACGACCACUCGGUAGACGAGCGGGAACACACGGUGGAACAGUGGAAGGAGCUGAUCUACAAGGAAGUGCUUGAGUAUGAGCAGACGCACAACAGCAUAGGCACGUCCGGCCGCAACGCCCUCCACGGCUCUCAAGGUAACCACACCAAGAUGGUGCAAUAGAAGCGGAGGCUGGCCUGUCCACGGACCAGUCUGCCAACGGGGCGGCCAACAGCUACCAGCGGCGGCGCUACCAGUCCUAGCCGCCCCCCCCAAAAGGGCCCGGCGGCGGCCGUGCGCGGCCCCCGCGACGUCCUUUGGGGGCGGCCGAGAGGCCCCCCUCUCCCGCUCUUCCUCCGGGCCACGCUCAACCUCUGGCCCGGGACGCCGUGCACUGGGCCGCACGCCACUAGUCUCUCUCGGGGCACGAGGGGGGGCCCGCCGCACCGGGCCGCUUUCUUGCGAUCGCCGUCGGACUAGCGCCCGCGCGAGUGCAUAGCUUGUGUGCACGGGGGCUCGCUCCCUCGUGGGCCCGGGGAGGAAGUUUCGGGAGGGGGGCGCCCCCCCCGCGGAGCCCCCGUGUGUAUAUACGCAAUAGUUUCUUGCCGUCUUUCUUCCUAGCCUUCCCCCCGGAGCUGUACGCCCGUAAGGACCCUUCUGUUUUUGGCAACGGCGGACGACGCCGCCUAGACGGCGUCUCCUUGUACAUUUUUUCCGAUUUGCGAGGGGCGCAGGCUCCGGAGGCACACUCGGAGCGACCUCGGCGUGCGCUGGCGACGUCGUGGCUCUUUUUUCUGUUUCUGGUUUGUGCGCGUUUUAAAUUUAUUUUUACCCGUGUUUCAUGAAACUGGAAAAAAACAAAAUAAAUUAAGAAAGAUUACGCUGCAA